AUGUUUGCUUUGACCUUAUUUGUAAGUGGUAAAUGGUUAUUCUGGUGUUUCUAUUGGUGUUCCUUUUUUGGUAUUUUGUAUAUUAAUGAGGAGGCGAGUGAGAAAGUUUUGGAAGUGGAGCAGAAGUACAAUGAAAUACGCAAGCCAAUCUAUGAUAAGCGGAAUGAGAAGAUUAAGUCGAUUCUUGAUUUAUGGUUAACAGCUUUCUUGAGUCAUCCUGCUCUUGGUGAACUUUUGAAUGACGAGGAUCAGAAGAUAUUUAAGUAUAUUAGCUCACUUGAAGUGGAAGAUUUUAAAGAUUUGAAAUCUGGCUACUCCAUUACAUUUAACUUCGAUCCCAAUCCAUACUUUGAAGAUGCAAACCUUACGAAGACCUUUACCUUCCUUGAUGAAGGAACCAAGAUUACUGCUACCAAAAUCAAGUGGAAAGAAGGCAUGGGCUUGCCAAAUGGAGUUGACCAUGAAAAGAAAGGAAACAAGCGACAGUUUGCUGAAGAAAGCUUCUUUACCUGGUUUUCUGAUACUCAGCAGAAAGAUGACAUGGAUGAAAUUCAUGAUGAGGUAGCAGAGAUUAUCAAGGAGGAUUUAUGGCCCAAUCCCCUCACAUAUUUCAAUAAUGAUGCUGAUGAAGAAGAUUUUGAAGAUGAUGAAGAGGUUGACAAACAAGGACUUCCCAUAGGUUUACAACUAAUAGGUCGUCCAUGGGGUGAAGCUACAGUUCUACGAACUUUGUAUCAAAUCCAGGAAGACAGUGCUUCAUUCUAUGACAUCUCAAAGGCCAAAUCAACUCGAAGAGAUAAUCCAUCUUCCUUUGAUGUGAGACUUGUGGUGCGUGUAUCAAGUGUGAUAAGAUGGACAUCUUCUAACAGAAUAGAUUCGCCUGUUGCUAGUAUUGGAUUUCCUGGAACGUCAUUCCAUGCAGUUUGA